AUGUCCAACCGAGGUGGAUGCCCUCAGGACUCCAUGGGCGGCAAGCGGUGCCCCGUGAGUGCUCGUAGCUCAGGUGAAGCCGUCAGAUCCAAGAUCGAGGUUAACAAGAACCUCAGCGAAUUGUACUCACGAGAGAGCACCGACCACCCGGAACCGUAUAUUCAGUUAGCGGUGCAUCACCAGAAUGCACUAGAUAAUGUCAUCGCGGAGCUGCGGGAGGCCGGACCCAAAGUUGAGGAUGCGCUCUUCGGGAUCAAGGAACACCUCAAAGCCGGCUUGAAUCCAGACCUUCUACGGGAGGCGAUGAGUAUUUACCUCACCCAUUCGCCGGACGCGCAGGAGCGCCACAUCCACGCACCACCUCUGAAGGAGCAUGCAGCCUUCAAAAAGCACAAGGCUGAGACCAAAGUAGCGGACCCAGUGCCGACCACAGUGUCCGGAGAAAUUGUCACCGCCGACAUUCUGCAGGGCCCCGGAUUGCUGUCGUACUGGCGCGACGAUUAUGACAUGAACGACUCCCACUACCACUGGCAUAUUGUCUACCGCGGCGCCGGUGGCGACAACGCGGUCAAUACCCGCACCAUCAAUCGACAAGGGGAGUUGUUCCUGUACACCCACUCACAGAUGCUGGCCCGCUACGAGGCUGAAGGUCUCUGCUGGGACCAGCCGCUCGUUCGUCCUUGGAACCUGUACGACGAGGUGCUGCAGUGGGGAUAUCAGCCGGUGCCCGCACUGCAAGAAUACUAUUCCGGCUAUGAGCCUUUCUCCUCGUGGUACCGCAUCCGUAACCCCGACAUGGCCGACGUCCCUGGCGUGACCAUGGGUGUCGGCGAUAUGGAGGAGUGGCGAGACAACAUCUAUAAGGCGAUUCAAAACGGGUAUAUCAACACCAAGAAAGUAACCGAGAAGCGGAACCAGUACAGGCCCUUGCUGCUGACCGGCGAAAAUAUUCUGAACUACAUCGGGGGCUUGCUCGAUGCGCAGUACAAGUUCUUUGACAAGACGGAAAAUGGUUUCGACAUUGACCAGGAUCUAUACGGUAUUCUCUACAACUACGGGCUAGGUAAGUUUGCCGAGAUGUCGUACCGCGUCGCCGAUGACGGCAACUACGGCCUUAUGAUCUCCAACUUCGGCGCCGCCCGCGACCCCUGUUUCUACCCCUGGACCAAGCAUAUGCAGGAUUUCGGCCGGUUGGCGGGUGCCCGUUACCCACAGGACAUCACCCAGCAUCGCGCUGAUGUCACCUUGUCCAAUCUGCAAAGGGGGGUUGUCAGUGUCCUCGGGCCCCCGGCCACGGACAUGCUCGAGACUAAGGCGAAACUCGACCACGAGCCAUAUGAAUGGAGUGUGGAUAUUACCAGCACCGAAUCUCCUUCCAAAGAGUGUCCUCAAAAUGUGACGCUGCGGUUUUUCAUCGCAGCCAAGGAACUGGUUAACCACUACCACCACUGGAUCGAGAUGGACAAGGUCACCGUGACGCUGACCGACAGCUCGGUCACAACUAAGGUGCGGCUAGACAGCGAGUCUUCGGUGGCGCGGAAGAUGCGCAACUAUAGCGAGCCGGACCCCGCGCACGCGUCGUCGUGGUGUCGCUGCGGAUGGCCACGGAACCUGAUGCUGCCGGCGGGACGCAAGGAGGGGAUGUCGUUCGUGGCCUUCUGCAUGGCUACCGACGACACGCUAGACAUGGAGGACGUUGGGACCCCGUCGAUCAGCUUCUGCGGGGCUAAUGUCAAGGACCAGACUUAUCCGGACCCGCGUGGCAUGGGUUACCCCUUCGACCGCGCCUGGACGCAGCUCGCAGAUGCCAAAACGGGAAAGAUUUCGCUGGCCUCCAUCAUCGCCCCGGAUAACCAGGACUACCCCUUCCUCACCAGCAAUGAGUUCAAGAUCUUUCGCACCUACAACUGGCGCAACCCCAAGGCGGUCCCGCCUCUAACAGACGUCACCUGGCACAACACCAUCAAGCACUACUUCACGGAACAGGACAUCGCGUGCAUGCGCAGCGAGUAUGGCUACAACCUCGGUCAAUACGAGGAUGUUGUUUACCACCACGCUAAUAUAUACGAGGCCACUGUUAGUGGCCGCAUGCCGCUCCAAAUGCCCCCCUUUACCCAGCAGAAUCCCGAUCCCGACCACCCGCUGUGGACUGCCAAGAUGUGUGAGAACUUCCGCGCCUGGAUGCUCAACAAAUGUCCACUGGGGGAAGAGGAGAAACCCAAGAAGCUUGCCGUUCGAGGUGGUAAAAAGUAG